GUGCUCCCGCCGCUUGCCGUCGCGGUCGACGCCUCCAUCGUGCAAGACACGGCCCGCGUGGCCGUCACGCAGCACUUCCACAACGACUCAAUCGCCCCGAUCAAGGAGGCCGCAUUCACGUUCCCGCUGCCUGCUGGCUGCACCAUUACCGGCUUCAGCUGCAGGAUCGGCACGAACAAGAUCAUCAAGGGAACCGUCAAGCCGCGGCAGGAAGCCCGCGAUGCAUUCGAGCACCACAUCCGCCAGCAGGCCACGGCCGCCGGCUUGCUCGAGCAGGACACGCCCGAGGUCUUUACUACCACUCUCGGCAACAUCCCCGAGAAGACGAGGGUCCAGGUCAAUCUCAACUACAUUACUCUGCUCAAGCACCGAUUUGUCGACCGCAAGAACGUCGCCACCCUGACGAUCCCCACCUCCAUUGCCCCCCGCUACGGCGAGGCGCCUGAAGACUACAAUGAUGCGGCGACUAGCGGCGUCCCGCAGGGGCUGACCCUAGAGGCCGAGAUCGUCGAGUCGGAGAGGAUCGCCUCCAUCACCAGCCCUUCUCACGCCGUCUUAGUCGAGCGCCGCCGCGGCGCUCGCGUUGCCGAGAGCUUCGCCGAUCUCGCCGGCGAAGACGACCGCAGCCAGGUUGAAACCGCGUUGCUGAAGCUGGAGUCGGGUCGUAUGUUCCUCGACAGAGACUUCGUGCUCGACAUCGUGACCGCGCCCAACGGCGAUGCCGAGACGCCGCAGGCCUGGCUCGAAGAACACCCGACCCUGCCGAACCACAAGGCUUUGAUGCUGACUCUGCCGCCGGGCUUUCUGAACAAGCGCCCCCCGGAGAGGCUGCGUUCCGAGAUCCUCUUCCUUGCUGAUCUCUCCGGCUCCAUGAAAAAGAAGAUCCCGGGCCUCAAGUCCGCGAUGCAGUUCUUCCUGAAGGGGAUUCCCGAGGGGCGGAAGUUCAACAUCUGGUGCUUUGGCAGCAAUUACACCUCCUGGCAGCCGUGCUCGGUCGACUAUGGCGAAGCGACGCUCGGAUCGGCCCUGAGUUGGGUGGAAACCACUUUUGCCGCGAACAUGGGCGGCACCGAACUGCUGCCCGCCAUCCAAGCCAUUGUGUCUGCAAGGGACAAGGCGCUGAUGACCGACGUCAUCGUCCUCACGGACGGCCAGACCUGGCGUCUGGACCAGACCCUCGAGUACAUCAACAAGACGCGGGCGAACACCGAAGGGCGCGUCCGGUUCUUUGCCCUCGGCAUCGGGAAAGCAGUCUCGCACGCCCUGGUCGACGGCAUCGCCAAAGCCGGGGGAGGGUAUGCCGAGGUCGUCCAGGAAGCGAGCCAGGGCGGCUGGGAAGACCGCGUGGUGAGCAUGGCCAAGGCCGCCCUGAUGAGUGCGCAUCUAGGGCCGCUGCACAUGGAAUUCAAGGUCCACGACAAGGAUGGCAAUACGAAAAACUCCAGCCUGCCGGAGGCGCAGAGGUCUCCUGCCGACGUCUCCGCCGUGAGUCCAUUCGAGCGAAGCCGUAUCUACUUCCUCUUGGACAACAAUAUCUGGCCAUCCGAGAGGGUCAAGCAGGUCAGAAUUGAUGUCCCAGCUGAUGGCGAUACGAAGUCCUUCGUUGUUCCCGUCACUGUCGUCGAAAAGCCCGGCGAAACCAUCCACAAGCUGGCUGCUCGAUCCAUGCUGGACGACCUCGAGCGUGGCCGCAGCCACAUACAUCUCGGUCCCAACCGACCGUAUCCGGGAUCCUGGGAAGAGACCAACGCGGUUCGCAAGGAAGCAGAGAAGAUCGCAUCGAAAUGGGGCCUCCUCUCCAAGUGGACAAGCUUCCUUCUUGUGGAGGAGCAGCGCACGACGACUGAGGAGGACCAGCCCACGGACGGUAUAAUCGAAGUCAAGAACGCGCCCGGGGAUGAUCUCCUACAACCACGGGGA